UUGUAUUGAAACAUGAGCACACACAGCGCGUGAGGGGCUGCCGACUGUCCCAUCUAUACCGACUUUUCCUCACCCCAGGGUGGGGGAGAGACAGACGGCAGUAUCUGCCCUCCGCCUGCUCCACUCAGCUGAGCCGAUCGCUAUCUCUCUCCAGAGCUGCCUGCGCUGCACCGCGCUGUUGGAAAUGAUGAAACACUGGUGGCUGACUGCAAUGACAAGAGGGGGUUCUGGGUAGAGCUGCAGACGGUGAAGUUGUUUCCAUCAGGCUGGGCUCAGCCUUUGCCCCUAGCCCCAGAGAAUUUCAGGAUGUGCAAUUCAGUUUGCAGUCAGCUCAGAGAGAACCUGAGAUUCAGCAGUCUGACUUUGUAGACAUAAAUCUUGUGUCCAUGAGAUCUGAGAUCUGUCUGCAUUAGCAACAACAGCCCUCAGGGAUCCAUCUAGAAGAUGGCUCCUCACCACCUGGGGUAGUGACUAAAGCCAGAGAGGACCCAGAGAAGAUUUCUCUAAAUACUCAGGACAAAGGUGCCCAGGAGGAUCUUGUUGGCUGCUCUAUCUGUGAUUUCUCCUAGGCCUCUGUCUGCUGCCCCUCAAAGAGGCUGAACCCCUCUACCACCAGUGGCGGCACAGUCGGAAGUUCAGCAUGAGCUUGACAGAUGCAAUGCAGCUCUGGCAUGGCCUGGUGAUCGCGGUGGUGUCCCUCAUCCUCCAGGCCUGCCUCCUCACUGUGGCUGGUUAUGUAUUCAGCAGGCGCAUAGGCCAUCAGAAUGAACGGGUGCUUCAAGUGGUCAGGAUGAAGGCCCAAGAGUCUGGCCCUUCCCCCCAGCCCCCACUGGCUGCCAAGGAGACUGCAGAAGCUUGGACAGAAAGAAGCACCCCUCUGUGUGCUCCCCGUUACAGGCGUGAGAGCAACACAUUAGACAGCUCAGACAGUUCAGACAGCUCGGACAGCUGCCAGAUCACCAAGGAUGUGAAUUAUACACAAGUGGUCUUUUCAACCCCUGGAGGACUAAACAGGGAAUCUUCCCUGGACUAUGAGAACAUAAAGGAAGCCACAGAUUAUGUCAAUGUCAAUCCAAAAAGCGACAAGCCUAAUUUUUGGGCAUUUUCAAACCCUGCUGUCUCUGAGCCAGUAGAAUAUACUCAAGUGGUUAUAUGAACUCUAGUGGUUAUUUUUUUAAAACUAAGCUGCCUCUCUAUUGAUGGAUUUAUUUUGCAUGGGAAUUCUUUUAAUUUAAAGAAAUGGUAUAGGGAAAAAAAUAGGUCUUACUCCAGAAAGAAAGCUCAAGAUCAGAUGUUAGGAAGAACUUCCAAGUAAAAUUUGGAAACGCUGGUACACAUCAGUAGAGAAUGUGAUGAGGUCUUUUAAAAAGUUUUAACAAGCUGCAUGAAGUCCUAUUUGGUGAUCUUAAGGUCUCAUGACUUCUCUUUGUUUAUUUGCAAUAAGUAAUUUUCUUAAAAAUUUUAAGUAGAAUUGCAAUCACUGGUUCCUCUUUCCCUCUUGCCUAAUUUUGCGUGUUGACCCUUUUAUCAGUGAUGUAUUUUGCUGAGUAAUUAUGCUUUGCCUUUAGAAUUUCAAAUAAUUCACUUACAAAGCCUAUCAUCAAUCAGCCUUUGAGUUUGCCAUUUUUUUUAACAAGCCCAAGAUGACAAAGAAAAUCAUAGUCAAUAUCUGGUAGUAUCACAGUUGGCAUUCCAAGGUAAACUUUUCAGAAUUUAAUACAGUAAAAUUCAAUGUCCACUCCUGGGUUUUUAAAAAAGCAAUUAUAAAUAAAAAAGUCCUUCUUGAUUUGA